AUGGCCUCUGCACUGAGAACAGCAAUGCUACGCCACAUUCGGGUUCCAGUAUCUCAAAUCCUAACCCUAAACGGAUCGAAGCUGAGCUUAUGCAGCACCGUCCGAUCAAUGUCAUCUCACGGUGACGAUCACCUAGACAAAAAAGAAGUCAUCGAUAGAGUCCUCGACGUUGUCAAGAGCUUCCCCAAAGUAGACCCUUCCAAGAGGAGGAGAAGUGAGUUGUGUUGCUGGUUUGACGAGGAAGAGAGGAAAGAUGUGACUCCCGAUGUCCAUUUUCAGAAAGAUCUGGGCUUGGACAGCUUGGACAAUGUGGAAAUUGUGAUGGCUCUAGAAGAGGAGUUCAAGCUGGAGAUUCCAGACAAGGAAGCUGAUAGGAUCGACUCCUGUGCUCUUGCAGUCGAGUAUAUUUCUAACCAUCCAAUGGCUGGUUAA